AUGAACGUAGCAGCUGGACAAUCUGAUGAACCUCACAAAUUUAACUUGGAGAACAUAAUAGACCGGACAAGGAAAUUGUGGGACAACACUCCUACACCUGUGAAGAAUUGUUUCCCUUGGAAUAGAGCACUGGACAAUUUCGUUCAACUUAUUCUUGACAUUGUUUUGACAGUUACCAAAUACUUGUAUGUACCGGUGCUUGUAGUUACCUCAAUCAUUGAGUUGUCUUACUGUGCACAUGAAAGGAAGCUUUAUAUCACCCUGUUUCCUUUUCUUUUUGGUGUUGCUAUUGCUGGCAUCUUAAAGUCCGCAGCUAUGGAGUCAUCUCCAUAUCUCAAGUUGUGGACAGAAAAUGCAGAAGUUCCUUUGCAUUUGAUUGCCAUUGGCCAUUUGGCCUUUUCUUCACUCUGCUAA